AUAUAGUCUACGCUAUAUUAGAAAGUGCAUGCACAGUCUGCAGAUUUCAAUUUGGGGAUGUCAUCCAGCUGUGCAUGCAUGUUAAUAACGUAAAGAGGAAGUAAGCCAGGGCAGCUUUUAUCAGCCCAGAAGACACAAGCUCUCUUUCAAGACCACGUCCUCCUUUGUUGUAAGCAAAUUUAGAAAUCUGAUAAUGCACAGUACAGUAUCUAUCUACUGACAUGUUUUAAGACAGAGAGAGAUGAGCGGAGCAGCUAUGAGUUUACCAGCAGCAGCGUGUGGGUUUGUUCUCUUCCUUCUGUCUGUACAAGUGAUACAGGGUCAGGAUGGCUGGGGGGUAACUUACACCUCUACUCAGAUCUGUGCUCUAAAAGGAUCAACAGUGGAAAUACCCUGCAGCUACACAUACCCAUCCUGGUGGAAAGGCAGUGUUACUAGAGUUGAGAAAACAUUAUGGUUUAAUAAAAUGAAUAAUUAUGAACCUGUAGAUCUGACAACAGACUCAGAAUAUUCAGGUCGUGUGCAGUACAGUUAUAAAAACAAGGACUGCACUCUGAGAAUCUCAGACCUGAGAGAGAGAGACUCAGCUGUGUACAAGUUCAUGUUCACAACAAACCAAGAAGGUGGAAGAUAUACCAGUUCACCUGGAGUCACUUUGUCUGUCACAGCAGGUCUCCAGGUGAUAUCACAUUCUAACAGGCUGGAGUGUCAGAGCAGUUGUCGUCUACCUAAUAAUCCUUCCUAUGUCUGGUACAAGAAUGGACAGGAAAUUCAGGCACAAACAUCUUAUUAUUUAAACUAUGUGUAUUAUUCAGACAGCUAUUCCUGUGCUCUUCAAGGAUAUAAGGACUUCCCCUCUCCUUCAGUGUGUGUCCAAGGUGAAUCCUGCAACAGAGUGACGUACACUGACAGAAGCAUCUGUGCCUCCGAAGGCUCUUCAGUGGACAUUUCUUGCACUUACAGCAGUUAUGAAGAUCAAGUUGAAUCAAAACUCUGGUUCCGUCGUGAGCGUAAUCAUCGAGGACAGAAUCCUUCCCAGCCUGAAGACCUUAGUACAGACUCCCAGUAUACAGGUCGUGUUCAUGUAGAAACAGAGAGAGGACGCUCCACUCUGUGUAGACAUGUUUACUGUGAGUUACUGACACACAGUAUUUCUCAUGUAUGUGAUCUAGCUGCUGAUUUAACAGAGACCAGAGGAGCAGCUAUGAGUUUAACAGCAGCAGCGAGUGGAUUUGUUGUCUUCCUUCUCUCUGUACAAGUGAUACAGGGUCAGGAUGACUGGGGGGUAACUUACACCUCUACUCAGAUCUGUGCCUUACAAGGAUCAACUGUGGAAAUGCCGUGCACCUACAGAUACCCAUCCACAAUGAGUCAUCAAACUACUGAGCUGGUAAAAAGAUUAUGGUUUACUAAAGGGAGUAAUAAAGCACCUGUGGAUCUGAAAACAGAUUCAGACUACACAGGUCGUGUGGAGUAUUUCUUUGAUAACGACGACUGCACUCUGAGAAUCUCAGACCUGAGAGAGAGAGACUCUGCUGAGUACAAGUUCAGGUUCAUAACAAACCAUGAUGGUUUCACUGGUUCACCUGGAGUCACUUUGUCUGUUACAGACCUCCAGGUGCAGGUGACAAGAUCAUGGACCCAGGGAGAGCUGAGGUGUCACAGCAGCUGUAAUGUACCUGAUAAUCCUUCAUAUGUCUGGUUCAAUAAUGGACAGAAAAUGGAUGGAGAAACAUCAUCUUCUCUCAGAGUCUCUGUUGAAGAUAACAACAGCUAUUCCUGUGCUGUUACAGGAUAUGAAGAUUACCGCUCUCCUCCAGUGUAUGGUCCAAAGCUUCCCUCUGUGUCAGUGAGUCCCUCUGCUGAGAUAGUGGAGGGCAGUUCAGUGACUCUGACCUGUAGCAGUGAUGCUAACCCAGCAGCUAAAUACACCUGGUACAAGAAGAAUCUAUACUUCAGACCUCCCCGUGAAGGACCACAGCUCGUCUUCAGCUCCAUCCAGUCCUCUGACUCUGGACAGUAUUACUGUACAGCUGAGAACGAGCUGGGGACAAAGAAGUCUCAAUACAAAUCUAUUGAUGUGAAAUAUGCUCCAAAGCUUCCCUCUGUGUCAGUGAGUCCCUCUGCUGAGAUAGUGGAGGGCAGUUCAGUGACUCUGACCUGUAGCAGUGAUGCUAACCCAGCAGCUAAAUACACCUGGUACAAGGAGAAUGUAUACUUCAGACCUCCCCGUGAAGGACCACAGCUCGUCUUCAGCUCCAUCCGGUCCUCUGACUCUGGACAGUAUUACUGUACAGCUGAGAACGAGCUGGGGACGAAGACGUCUCAAUACAAAUCUAUUGAUGUGAAAUAUGCUCCAAAGCUUCCCUCUACGUCAGUGAGUCCCUCUGGUGAAAUCAAGGAGGGCAGUUCAGUGACUCUGACCUGUCAAAGCAAUGCUUAUCCAGCAGCUAAAUACACCUGGUACAAGAAGAAUGGAAAUCCAGAACUUCAACCUCUCAGUGAAAAUACACCGCUUGUCUUCCGCUCCAUCCAGUCCUCUGACUCUGGAGAGUAUUACUGUACAGCUGAGAAUGAGCUGGGGAGGAGGACAUCUAGAUCCAUCUCUAUUGAUGUGAAAUAUGGUCCAAAGCUUCCCUCUGUGUCAGUGAGUCCCUCUGCUGAGAUAGUGGAGGGCAGUUCAGUGACUCUGACCUGUAGCAGUGAUGCUAACCCAGCAGCUAAAUACACCUGGUACAAGGAGAAUGUAUACUUCAGACCUCCCCGUGAAGGACCACAGCUUGUCUUCAGCUCCAUCCAGUCCUCUGACUCUGGACAGUAUUACUGUACAGCUGAGAACGAGCUGGGGACGAAGACGUCUCAAUACAAAUCUAUUGAUGUGAAAUGUGACUCAGUCUGCUUCACAUUGACAGCUCAAUCGGAAAAAAAAACUGUAAUGUGUCUUUACUCAUUUUGUCCCACAGAUGGUCCAAAGCUUCCCUCUGUGUCAGUGAGUCCCUCUGCUGAGAUAGUGGAGGGCAGUUCAGUGACUCUGACCUGUAGCAGUGAUGCUAACCCAGCAGCUACUUAUACCUGGUUGAAGAGCAAUGUAAAGCUCAGACCUCCCAUUGAAGAACAACAGCUGGUCCUCACGUCCAUCCAGUCCUCUCACUCUGGACAAUAUACAUGUAGAGCUAGGAACAGCCUGGGCUCUAACACAUCCAAACCCAUUUCUAUUAAAGUGAAAUAUGGUCCAAAUCUUCCCUCUACGUCAGUGAGUCCCUCUGGUGAAAUCAAGGAGGGCAGUUCAGUGACUCUGACCUGUCAAAGCAAUGCUUAUCCAGCAGCUAAAUACACCUGGUACAAGAAGAAUGGAAAUCCAGAACUUCAACCUCUCAGUGAAAAUAAACAGCUUGUCUUCAGCUCCAUCCAGUCCUCUGACUCUGGAGAGUAUUACUGUACAGCUGAGAAUGAGCUGGGGAGGAGGACAUCUAGAUCCAUUUCUAUUGAUGUGAAAUAUGGUCCAAAGCUUCCCUCUGUGUCAGUGAGUCCCUCUGCUGAGAUAGUGGAGGGCAGGUCAGUGACUCUGACCUGUAGCAGUGAUGCUAACCCAGCAGCUAACUACACCUGGUACAAGGAGAAUGAAGACUCACCAAAAGCAUCAGGACAGAUCUUCACCAUCACUGACUUCAGAGCUGAACACAGUGGGAAUUAUUACUGUGAAGCCCAGAACAGAAGAGGACGUCAGAACUCCACCUUACAUCUGAUUGUUGUGGCAGGUUCUAUGAAAUCAGUAGCUGCUGGAUCCAUCACUGCUAUUUUCCUGGCUAUCAUAUUCCUCUGUGCCUUCCUAUUUAUUAGAAGAAAGAGGUCCUCAAAACGAACCACCGAGCCUGGAGAGAGACCAGACAACCAAGCUCAGGAAAAUAAGGGUUCAGUGUAUGACAGCCCUUCAGCUCCAGUCCAGAGAACUCCAGCAGAGCAGCAGGACGACCUUUGCUAUGCCAGCGUGAGCUUCUCUAAAAACCAGGAAGAUGUUCUCUACUCCAACAUCAGGCUAGUUCAGCCCCACAGACACAAGGAGGAAGAGGAGGACGAAGAUGUGGAGUACACUACUGUCAACUUUAAGAGUGCCAGUGCUAUCAAAGAGUGA